AGGAUGGUAGCAGCCGAAGUUAACCCCACAAUUCUGAAGGAUAGAGGUAACGAGCAGUUUAAAAGAGGCGAAUAUGAUGCAGCAGUUAAGUUUUACACAGAAGGUUUGGACAUGUUAGGGGGUAAAACAUCCUCUGAAACUGCUGUUAUAUUAAAGAACAGGGCAGCUUGCUUCCUCAAACUAGGAAAGUACGAGGGAGUAGUAGAUGAUAUUAACCAGUGUAUUAGUAUGGGAGGGGGAGACAGUAAGGCUUUCUACCGUAGAGCUGUUGCUCACCAGCAUCUUAAGCAGCUUGAUAAGGCACUGAAGGAUGCUAUGGACUCUGUUAGGAUAGACCCCAAAAACAAGACUGCUAUUGAUUUGGUUAUGGAGUUAAGAAAAGACAUCCAAGGGCGGAAGGAUCUAAUGACGAGUACUACAGGACUUGUAGAUGAAAUGCUCGGUUCAUUGCGGGAUCAGGAGGCAGAUGUGGAUAAGAAGACACUAGCAAUGAAGAACCUGGUCAAUAUAACUUCCAAUAAAGCAGGAUCAGAGAGUGUAAUCAUGAAGGGAGGCCUCAAGGAUAUCACCAGGUUCCUGCACCAGGAUAAGAUCCAGCUACACGCCCUAAACUGUGUUAUCUGUCUAACACGUGACAGUAUCCCACGCACUAAACUCGUCCUGGAGAGUGUUCCCCUGGCAACUUCUAUAAAGAUUCUCAAGCAGAAUAAUGAGUGCUCCUCGCUUAUAGGCGGUGUAUUAUAUGAGAUGUUUAACUCAGUGCUAGAGGACCGGGGAUAUGAUUACACUAAAAGAGAACUCGGUCAGCCCAUCAAGAAGUUCCCAGUCCCCAAACUCCUCAACACAUUGUUCGAAUACUUUAAAGAGUGCAGUAAAGUAGCUAAAGAUGCAGCUAUGAACUCGCUUCUCAAUGCGGUCGUCAAGGUAACAGACUCACGUGUCAUUAACGAGGAGGUGCUCAAUAAAGAGCUGAUAAACUUUAUGAUAACCCUGGUAAUGAACGGAAAAGUUAGUUACGACCACGCACAACAAAUCUCUAUAGUGGUGAGUAAGAUGUGGGCCAGAACAAGAGCAGACGAUAAGAGAUCACUACAGUUUGUGAGGCAGACCUCCACUGUUAUUAACCCUAGGAUACUCUCCGGGGAGGAGGAGCAUCAGAUGUUAGCUCUGAGGGCGCUCAAUAUUCUGCUGCAGGGUUCGUUUGAGGCGGGAGGCGAUGUGAUAAAGGAUAACGCUGAAAUAUACAGGAUAGUCUCUAAAUUACUGUGCUCUAAAGACACAAAUAUUCAGCAGACAGCCGCCGAGACAGUAGCUCUGAUGUGCAGUGAUAAGAAAAUGUGUUACAAUUUGGCUGGACAAAACUUUAACAUUCUCAAAACUCUUUACAAAGCUCCUAAUGUGGAGGACUCAGUGAAACUGCGCACGCUGGUGGCCAUGAGUAAGAUGUGUGCCAGCAGUGGUGGGGAUGUUAACAAGAACAUUAUAGCAGAGGGAGCCGGAGCGAGGAUCUUUAAACAAAUCCGGGCACUCCUCGUCAAGAACCCAACAGAAGAAGCCAGAAAGUGGGCGAUAGAAGCUCUAGCGUACCUGACUAUAGACGCAGAAGUGAAGCACAAUCUGGUGCACGACGACGAACAGAUGAAGAUAAUCUGUGAUUACUCCACGAACCCCUCCCCCAGUACUAGCUACUCCCUCUCGUGUAUCUUCAUGAACGCUACUAACUCGUACGACAUACCGGAUGUUGCGCCGGAGAUGCAGAGAAUCGCUGAGUACGCUAAACAGAACGUACCUCAGGCUCACGAGCUGGAUAGUGAGGAGAACUUGAAAACCAGGAUAAGUAAGCUAGUAGUUGCCGGUGUGCCUAGUGUUCUGUCUGCUUGUUCUACUGCUGAUAGCGAGCGUACAAGAGAGUUCCUUGCUCGCAGCUACUUCGGUAUCAUCUCUAGUGAUGAAGGUGCGAACUGUGGUGCUGUUGUACAGCAGGGGGGAACUAGAGCUCUCCUUAAUCUGUUCGGUGAGAACACAAUAGAAGGAAAGAGAUAUGCAGCCCACUCCAUCGCUAAAAUAGCAAUUAAAAUGAACCCUGCUCUAGCAUUCAGCGGACAACGUGCGAUGGACGCUUGUAGACCGUGUAUCUCACUAAUAGAGUCCACCAAUGAGAACACGUUUCUAGUAUACGACGGACUAAUGGGGCUCACAAACCUGGCCAGUGUGAGUGACAGUGUGAGAGAGAGGAUUAUCAGGGAAGGAGGGUGUCACCACAUUGACUUCCAGAUGUUGGAGGAUAAUGAGGCGCUGAGGAGGGCCGCUACUCAAGCAGUGUGUAACCUGGCUCUCAGUGACAAGUUCAAGGAGAGAUACCUCCCUGAAGUAAAAGAGAGCACAGAGCCAGUGGACCGUUUGAAAGCCGUGUUUGUGUUCUGUGCAGAUGAGGAGUACCACACAAGAGUGGCAGCACUGGGAGCACUAGCUUAUCUCACUUCCGAUACCAGGAUCUGCAAGUGUAUCAUGAACAUCGGGAGUUUUGAGGAGGUCGUCAUGGAAACUGUUCUUCUUGAGGAUCAAGGUAUUCGACACAGACUACUGGUUAUACUUCAAAACAUGUUAGCUGCCGACAAAGAAAUAGCUGAGAAGAUCAUUAACACUCAGAUAUUCGAAUGUCUACUUGCACUGCAGAUGGGAAUGGGCACGCAAGGGGGAGUAAUGAAGGAUCUCCUGAACAACUGUAUGGCAGCUGCCAAACACUGGGGUCUAAUACAGAGUAAUCCUGGCGACUACGUUUACACUGCUCCUCAAGAACAGUCUUCUUGAGCUGUCACGUGACCUAACAGCCAUCUUCUUGAGCUGUCACGUGACUUCUUCUUAGCCGCACCUUGCCACUCUCUCUCUGGGGGCGAUGUAAUUACUAAUUACUGUUUAUUUAUUGAUGUACAGGGAACUCUGAACUUUAUGCUAUCCUAUUUUCCUUUUAUAAUUUAAUAGCUGGUCUUUUUUAUUUCACGCAACCUUGCUGGCUACUUAGUAGAGGUAGAUGAACAAGACUUUAUAUGUUAUAUAAAUCUUCUGAUGCAAUGGAUCUAUAAAUGUUUUUUUUUUCGCAGGAAAAAAUAAAUUUAUAUGACAAUGACAUGACGUAAUAUUGUAAUAUGGGAUCUAAAAAUUUGUUGAUGAUAAAGGAGAUAAUAUUUAAGAUUUUGUAACCGUUUCAA